AUCAUUCUUCGCUCUUCCCUAGCGCUUUUCAUCUUCCCCGUUGGGUUCUCUCUCAAAAUCACCGGAGGAGAAAGGGUUCAAAGCGUAAUCUCUAAUUGGUCGGAGAAAUCCAACGUUAGAUAUAUUAUCACGGUUGGUUUUAGAAAUUAGGGCACGAAACGAUGCCCUUGUUUAUGCCAGACGAAGAGCUGGCGCGGCUAUCUAGCGAUGCCGCGUCGGUGGUUGCUGAGAGAGCCGACGAGUACAUACGGAAGUUGUACGCUGAGUUAGAUAGUGUACGUGCGAAGGCUGAUGCUGCUUCCAUCACGGCGGAGCAGACGUGCUCGCUUCUCGAGCAGAAGUACCUCUCGCUCUCUCAGGAUUUCUCUUCCCUUGAAUCUCAGAAUGCACAACUUCAGUCCGAUUUGGACAAUCGUUUAGCUGAACUCGCAGAGUCUCAGGCACAGAAGCACCAGCUCCAUUUGCAAUCGAUUGAGAAGGAUGGAGAGGUAGAGAGGAUGACGAUGGAGAUGUCGGAGCUGCAUAAGUCUAAGAGGCAACUCAUGGAGUUGCUGGAGCAGAAAGAUGCCGAGAUUAGCGAGAAGAAUUCCACCAUUAAGAGCUACUUGGAUAAAAUUGUUAAGCUGACUGACUCUAAUUCGGAAAAGGAAUCCAGAGUUGCUGAAGCCGGCGCAGAGUUGGCACGCUCCCAAGCCAUGUGCAGUCGUCUAUCUCAGGAGAAAGAGCUCAUGGAAAGGCAUACCAAAUGGCUUGAUGAGGAGUUAACAUCCAAAGUUGACAGUUAUGCUGAACUCCGUAGAAGGCAUUCUGAUCUUGAGGCGGAAAUGUCAGCCAAGCUUGUGGAUCUUGAGAAAAACUAUAAUGAGUGUUCUAGCACGUUAAACUGGCAUAAGGAAAGACUGAGAGAGCUCGAAACAAAGAAUACUUCGUUACAAGAGGAACUCAGCUCGUGCAAAAAUGCAGCAACGACCACUGAAGAGCAAUACAAUGCUGAACUUUUCACGGCGAACAAGCUUGUUGAGCUGUACAAGGAAAGUUCGGAGGAAUGGUCUAGAAAGGCUGGCGAACUUGAGGGUGUCAUUAAGGCCUUAGAGGCACGGUUGAGCCAGGUCGAGAGUGGUAACAAAGACAGACUUGAGAAAGAAGUGUCUAUUAACCAGCAGUUAGAGAAGGAAAAUGAAGACCUUAAACAAAAACUGGAGAAGUGUGAAGCAGAAAUUGAGAAAAUUAGGAAAACAGAUGAGCUAAAGCUUAUACCUUUCAGCAGUUUCACAAGAGGCAGAGUGGUUGACGAUUCUGGGACUAGCAACAUGAUAGAGGAAAGCCAGGAAAUAAUUUCUAAGGUUCCUGCUGGUGUGUCAGGAACGGCGCUAGCAGCUUCACUUUUACGUGAUGGAUGGAGUCUGGCCAAAAUUUAUGAGAAGUAUCAAGAGGCUGUUGAUGCCUUGAGGCACGAGCAAUUAGGUCGAAAGGAAGCUGAGUUGAUACUACAACGGGUUUUAUCCGAACUAGAAGAGAAAGCGGGGUUCAUCCAAGAGGAAAGAGGUGAGUAUGAACGGAUGGUUGAAGCUUAUUCUCUAGUUAGUCAGAAACUUCAGGAUUCUGUAUCUGAACAAUCAAAUAUGGAGAAAUUCAUCUUGGAGCUAAAGGCUGACUUGAGGAGACAUGAACGUGAAAAUAUUCUAUCUCAGAAAGAUAUAUCUGACCUACAGAAGCAGGUUACACUACUACUGAAGGAGUGUCGUGAUGUCCAACUUCGCUGUGGAGCUGCCAGGGAUGAUGACGAGGAUGAUCAUCAGUUUUCUGAUGUUGAGAUGGAUAUGGAAUCUGAAGCUGAUAAAAUCAUUUCAGAGCAUCUUCUUAAGUUUAAAGAUAUAAAUGGACUAGUUGAGCAGAAUGUUAAGCUCAGGAAUCUUGUUCGCAGUCUCUCAGAGCAGAUUGAAAGUAGGGAAAUGGAGCUGAAGGAAAAGUUUGAAAUUGAGCUGAAGAAAAAGACUGAUGAAACUUCUUCCAAGGUAGCUAUUGUGCUUAAAAGAGCUGAAGAGCAGGGUCAAAUGAUUGAAUCACUGCACACAUCUGUUGCAAUGUAUAAACGACUAUAUGAAGAGGAACAGAAACUUCAUUCAUCUUAUUCUCGCUCUUCAGAUUUGCCUCCAGCUGUAGUGCCAGGGAGGAAUAACUUCUUGCAUAUGCUUGAGGAUUCACAGGAUGCUACUAAAAGAGCCCAAGAAAAAGCUUUUGAACGCAUCCGAAGUCUCGAAGAGGAUUUAGCGAAGGCUAGGAGUGAGAUAAUUGCGAUAAGGUCUGAACGGGAUAAGUUGGCCAUGGAGGCAAAUUUUUCUAGGGAAAAACUAGAGGGCAUCAUGAAAGAAUCUGAACGCAAGAGAGAAGAAAUGAACAGUGUUUUGGCAAGAAACAUUGAGUUCUCGCAGCUGAUCAUUGACCACCAACGGAAGUUACGUGAGAGUUCCGAGUCUCUGCAUGCAGCAGAAGAGAUUGCUAGAAAGUUAUCUAUGGAGGUCUCUGUUCUAAAACAAGAAAAAGAAGUGUUAUCAAAUGCUGAAAAAAGAGCUUAUGAUGAAGUUUCUGCGCUAUCUCAGAGAGUUUAUCGUCUUCAGGCUACCUUGGAUACUAUACAGAGUACGGAGGAAGUUCGCGAGGAAGCAAGAGCUGCUGAGAGAAGGAAGCAAGAGGAGCAUAUCAAGCUACUUGAGAAAGAAUGGGCUGAAGCUAAAAAAGAAUUGCAAGAAGAAAGGAGCAAUGCGCGGAAUAGCACUUCAGAUCGCAACCAAACUUUGAACAAUGCUGUAAUGCAGGUAGAAGAAAUGGGGAAAGAAUUGGCUAAUGCCUUGAAGGCUGUCUCGGCAGCAGAGUCCAGGGCUUCUGUGGCUGAGGCUAGACUUUCUGAUUUGGAGAAGAAGUUAAGAUCUUCGGAUCCUAAGGCUCUUGAUCUGAGCAGUGGUGGAGUUCUCUCUCUUUCUGAUAAUGAGAUAUCCGCAGAACUGCGUAAUGCUGAGGAGGAAAUGGAAAAAUUGAGGGGAGAAGUAGAAUCUAGCAAAAGCCAUAUGCUUCAGUACAAGAGUAUAGCUCAAGUGAAUGAAACUGCGCUAAAGCAGAUGGAAUCUGCCCAUGAGAACUUCAGACUUGAGGCUGAAAAGAGACAAAAGUCGUUGGAAGCCGAGUGUGUUUCUUUGAGGGAGAGGGUGUCAGAACUUGAAAACGACUGUAUUCAGAAAUCCGAGCAAAUUGCGACUGCUGCUGCAGGAAAAGAAGGUGCUCUUGUAUCAGCAUCAGCUGAAAUUGCAAGGCUGAGAGAUGAAAGCUUAGUUAAAAGUUCCCAAAUCGAAGCAAUGAAUAUCCAAAUGUCCACUUUGAAGAAUGACCUGGAGACGGAACAUGAGAAAUGGCGUGUUGCUCAGAGAAAUUAUGAAAGACAGGUUAUUUUGCAGUCUGAAACUAUUCAAGAGCUGACGAAAACAUCACAGGCUUUGGCUGCCCUUCAAGAGGAGGCAUCUGAACUACGUAAAUUGGCAGAUGCAAGGGGAACGGAAAAUUCCGAGCUUAACUCCAAGUGGAGCGAAGAGAAAUGUAUGCUAGAACAGCAAAAGAAUAUAGCGGAGAAGAAAUAUCAUGAACUCAAUGAACAGAACAAAUUACUUCAUAGCCGACUUGAGGCUAUGCAUCUUUACUCGGCUGAGAAAGAUAGCCGUUCUGGAAAAAUAUCAUCUGGGAGCACUGACUCGGAUCAACUUGGAGAUUCUGGUUUGCAAAGUGUAGUUAACUAUUUACGCAGAUCAAAUGAAAUAGCUGAAACAGAGAUAUCACUGUUGAGACAGGAAAAAUUACGGUUGCAAUCACAACUUGAGAGUGCUGUGAAGAUGGCAGAGUCUGCCCAGGGAUCACUCAAUGCUGAGCGGGCCAGUACCAGGGCCUCAUUAUUGAGUGAUGAUGAAAUUAAAUCUCUCCAGCUUCAGGUUAGUGAGAUGAGCUUGCUCCGUGAAAGCAACAUGCAACUCAGGGAGGAAAACAAACACAAUUUUGAGGAGUGCCAGUUGCGGGAGACGUAUAGAAACAUUGAUGUUGCUGACUACAAUCGCCUCAAAGAUGAAGUGCGGCAACUGGAGGACAAGCUGAAAGCGAAAGAUGCUCAUAAUGAAGAUUUCAAGAAGCUUAUGUUAGAGAGGCAGAAUAAGAUAUCGCAACUAGAGAAGGAGCUAACAAACUGCCAAAAAGAACUGAGUGAGAGGGAGAAGAGGUUGGACGCUGCUCAGCAAGCUCAGGCGACUAUGCAGUCAGAGACUGAGAAGCUAAAAGCAGAGUUCUCUAAGCAGAAAGACGAUUUGGAGAGGUACAAGAGAGCCUAUUUUAACUUGAAGAAAAAGUACGAGAAAGAAAAGGAGGAUUUGAGCAAAGAGAACCAGUCACUCUCUAAACAGUUAGAGGAAGCCAAAGAGGCUGGAAAGAAAACAACAACUGAUGCUGUGGUGGAGCAGGCCGUGAAAGAGAGAGAUGAAAAAGAACAAAAGAUUCAGAUUUUGGAUAAGUUUGUUCAUACAUUGAAAGAUGACCUGAAGAAGAAGGAUGACGAAUUAACUAAAGAGAAAACGGAACGCAAGUCUGCUGAGAAGGUAGUUGGAGACUACUUGACCAAAGUUAAAAAGGAGAAAACAAAAGUGGAAGAAGAGCUUGUUAAGCUAGAAAAGUAUCAGACGGCUCUGGCUCAGCUCUCUGAAGAAUUGAACAAAUUGAAGCAAGCGGAUGGAAAUCUUCCCGAGGGUACUUCAGCUCUCCAGGUUCUCUCUGGAAGCAUAUUGAAUGACCAAGCCGCCGCCUACGUAUCAGCUGUAGACUAUUUUGAACGCAUGGCUCGUACUAUUGUCCUCAAUUCUCAAGGCAGCACAAAAUCUACUGAUAUGGUGACUGAACCUUCCUCUGCUACAGUUGAACCUUCAGCCAUUACCAGAGCCUCUCCUUCAAAAGCUCAGGUGGCAACUACCCAGCAGCCACCCAAAGCAUCAUCAGACAUGAACAAAAUGAAGAGAUUGACUUUACACAAACCAAUCGGUGAGGUCCGCAGACCGAGUAGGAGGAUUAUUCGUCCCCAAUUUGGCAAACCAGAGGAACCUCCGCAAGGUGAUGUUGAGAUGCCAGAAGCUGAGGGAGCUGGUAAUGAAGGAAAACAGCCUUCCUCCCUUGUAACAGAGCGCCAAGGAACUACAAUUGUACCACCUGUUCAAACACAUAUCCGUAAACGCCAGGCUGAUUCGUUGGCUUCUGAGCCACAGCCAGGGACUCAAGGGGAAACCAGUUCCGAGACUGCCCCACCUGCGUCGAAGAAGCCGAAAGGUUCUGAGUCACAACCGGAUACUGCCGAAGUUGAAAACCUCUCUAAAGAGGCAGAUGUGGAUGAAUCCAUGGAUGCUACUGCUGCUGUCGAUGGUGACAAUGAAGAAACAGAAGCCGAGACCGCAGAGGAGGAAACCGAGGAACCUGUGGAAGCACAACAAGAAAGUGAAGCUGUAGGGCAGGAUAAAGCUGAUGAACCAGUAGAAGAAAAUCUAACUGAGACAGAAACCAUCCCUACCGAAGAAGAGUUUAGGGAUCAGACCGAACAAGAGAAUCAAGAUCUUCUGACAGACGUGGAAUUUGAUAAAGAAGAUGGAGAGCUCGAUCUAGAUACACUGGAAGAUCUCGACGAGACUACGGAUGUAGCUAGCAUGGUGAGGAGUCCAGAGAAAGAAGAAGCACAGCCUGAGACGCUAGCUACACCCACACAGUCACCAAGUAGGGUGGAAACAACAAUGGAGGAAGCGGAAACCACCAUUGAACCACUACUAGAAGAUGUUAAGAACGAUGAAGGAAACGAUGUAGCUACUGAAGAAGCCUCUGAUAAACCCAACAAUGGUAACGAUCAGCAAGCAGCAGAAACCGAUCUCAGGCCAGAGACCACAGUAGCUACAACCUCCUCUGUAGCUGCCACUCCACCUACUUCCUCUACUCCAAGCGAAACUCCAGAAACAGAAGAAACCAAAAGAGCACCGUCACCAAGUGGGACAAUUGACAUAACUACGAGAGCAAAGGAGAGAGCAGCUAUAAGACAAGCCGCAGCAACCACUAUGGGAGGAGCCGGAGCAGCCACUCAAGGAGGAACCCGAACUGCUUUUCUAACUCCCAGAGGUCGUGGUCGAGUUUUAAACAUUCGAGGAGGCGUUCGACUUCCUCCUAAUCGUGGUGGCCGAGUCCCACCGCGUGGUGGACGUGGACAACCCCCGAGCCAGCCGUGAUUUGUAAUGGGUCCGUUUCAUCAUUUUUCCACCGGUUAAGCCCUACAAGAGUUAGGCAGGCAGGCUCUUUAUGACGGUAGAGAACUCAUUUUCAUGAUUAAACCAUUUCUACGUUUUUGUCCUCCGAUUUUCAGAUUUCACUAUAAAACCAAUUCCUAUCAUUGCCAAAGAUUACAAAUUGCAAAACAUGGUAAACACAAAUCCACGAAAAAAAUAAAACUCAACAUUACAUCAUACAACAAAACAAUCAAACAAGAAGCAACUCGCUUGUUAUAAAAUCAAAGCAAUCCGAAACAAUCGGACGUUUUAUGUUGACCCUUAAAACCCAAACCAAAACACUACAGCUUCUUCUAGUUAGUCCAGAGUUCCAGUUAAGUCUGGCUUUUCCUCUUUGACUGUAUUUGAGAUCUCCAUUGUUUGAAAAUCAGCAACCAAGUCUUCCUCUUUCUUCUGUUAGACAUGAGAGAACCUUAGCUUCUUCUGUACCAUAACCUUCUCUCUGUUUUCAUAAAAAUCGAAAUCAUCCAAUAUAGAUGUCUUUGCUGCAUAGUUCUUGAAGAUGUUCAACACUUCAUUCCCUUGUGGCAACCUCACCUCUUGUGUGUCUCUGCUAUUGGUUACAGGCUUGUUCUCAUUGUUCUCUAGUAUUAUAUGUCGUAACUGCGGAUUUGGAACAUCUUUGAUGAUGUGCCACUUGACCGGAAAAUAGCCGGUCCACUUAUCUUGCUGCCAAAACUCCAUGCUUUUCUCAUAAUCCACUCUCCCAGUCAUCUCAGCUACACCGCAGAAUUGGCCACUUGCAUUAACCGAGAAGAAAAGGAAAACCGGGCAGUUUCCACCGUUCUCUGCCAUCUUCUUUUGAGAUUCUUGAUAUGCACUGUCUAACUUCUUGUUCCCAUUGAGAGUACUUGACCAGACAUUGUACUUGAUGCUCUUGUGGAUGUCGUCUUCGCUAUAAGAUUUGAUCACGAAGAAGACUGCUUCCUCGUAUUUGGUCUGAAAGCUAGAGAGGUUAUAUUGAUCCCUUCUGAUCACCGAACCUACACCGUUGCUUCUUCCAUUCUCUUCAACAUCCAACGAACAGGACUCACAUUCCCCAUCGGUAACAUGAUCUUGAACAUUUGCAGUCAUGCUAUUACCAUUUUCUUUGUUUCUCGCUUUCGACUUCUCUGUUUCAUCUCGGUUUAAAGCUCCAGACUUUUUCCUUAACGGGUCCAUAUGGUACGCGAUUCCACCUCUUUCUUGAUUGUUGUUCAGUGCGAGGGGAGCAUAGUUGUUCUUUCGCGGUGUUCUAGGCCGUUCUCCCAUGCCAUGACCCGUGAAAGAAGUCUUGCUCUUUGAGUAAUAAUUGCUAUGGUUAUGACUUGAAGAAGAUAUGUUCUGUUUCAAAGGCUGGCUAUUUGAAGCAACACCAUACGCAUACUUGUCUCCAGUAGGGUCCCAUAAAUAGGUGGGCGACGAAACAUCUCCAUAACCAUAUUGGUUCUGAUAAUAUCCUUGAGCUGCGUACAUAGGUGAAUGAAGCGCGUGACUCGAUACACCAACCGGGCUUAUAGGCAUGUAAGUGGGACUAGCAUCAUAAGAUUGAUGAAACCCUGGCAUCAAGUAGAUCAAAGAUCCAUUUUCCCCUUGCAUUACCUGGUACUGAACCUCUGUUCCAUAACCAUAGUAUCCAGUUUCAUAAUAUGGCUCUGACUUAUUCUUCUAAACCCCAGAGACCAAAUCAAAGACACAUAAUGUUAAAAACGCAAUCAUCUUAAAUUAACAGAGAAGAGAGAAUGUUCUCAGAGAAAUUAUGCAAAAGAAAUGGUGGAGGCAGUGACCUUAGCAAGAGGAUCAACUUUAAGGUUCUUCACCAUAUCUUCAAAUGGCUGAGAACAAAGUAGAGAUACGGAACAGAGAAAACAGAGAGAUGAGAGAGAAGACGGUAAUGGCUGAUGAAGAAGAAAGAAGAACAGAGAGGAUUUUUUUUUCUCUUAUUUUUGUUUUCCUUCUUAUUCUUAUAUAUUAACUAAUUUAUUUAUUAUAGUUGCAAAAUAAAGAAAAAAGAGAAAUUAAAAAGGAGGUCGGGAAGAGGUACAGAUGGAGGGUAUAGAAUAGUCCACGUCAUGGAAUCGUGGCAUGAAUGAAUGUGAACCGAUGGAUUAGGCUUAAGACGAAAAUGAAACAUCUUUUCUUGCCAACUUUUCCAUCUGGAAUCUAUUCUUACACAACUCUCUUCAAUGUGCCUUCAAAAGGUAAUUAAAAGUUAUAAAAAAAGAGAAUCUUAAUUUCGCAUUAGCUAACACAAUUAAUUCUAGAGAUUAUUUUCCAUAUGAAUAUAUAUAUUCUAUGAAAAAAAUGAAAGUUAGGACCAAUUCUCAUGGUCUGGCAAACAAUAAAAAGAAUAUAAUAUAUUAUUAGAUAGUUGGAAUUUUAUAGAUUUGACCCUAUCUCUCUCUCUCUCCAUGUAUUCUUCAAUCCGAGCAAUGCCACAUAUGAGAAAAAACCAUAGAAAAUGCUUCCUUUUUUCCAUUAAAAAUGAUAUAAUCUAUGAGUUUUAGCAUUUUGUUUUACUCCAGUAUUUUUUCUAAACCACACACAUAGGCACACAUAUUUAUUCUUUUUAUUUAAACAUCUACACACC